CCUACUAUUAUAAAGAAAGCAAGCUUACCAUCUAAUCCUAUUCAUGCUUUAGAACAACUUCGUAUAUGGGCACAACUCGAAGAAGCAGAGGAAUCAUUUACAAAGAUGUUUUUGGUAUCAGAAUUAUUAUGGUUAGUCUGGGCAUUUGGAAUAUCAACACCAUAUAAAAGAAAACAAAAAUUGAUACCUUUAGUUAUUUUUAACUUGAAGAAUAAAACAUGUUUUGUUGAGGAAGCUCUCGGAAAAAGUACUAUUUUCAUGAA